UAUUUGAUUCGAGGAUGGCAACAGAAUGUAAACAUCCAUUCCUGGCGGUGCCAUUUGUAGAGCUGUCCACGUUUGGGAGUUUUUGGCGUGCAAAUUUCAUUUAAAAAUUGAUUGAGUUGAUUGGUUAUAUUAAUUCUAUCUCUGAAACAUGGGCAAACCUAGAGGUCUGCGCACUGCUCGUAAACACAGAGACCAUCGUCGAGAUCAACGGUGGCAUGAUAAAGAUUACAAGAAAGCACAUUUAGGAACUCGAUGGAAGGCUAAUCCCUUUGGAGGUGCUUCUCAUGCUAAAGGAAUUGUGCUUGAGAAAGUUGGAGUAGAAGCUAAACAGCCUAAUUCUGCCAUCAGAAAAUGUGUAAGAGUUCAGUUAAUUAAGAAUGGCAAGAAAAUCACAGCUUUUGUACCUAGGGAUGGUUGUUUAAAUUUCAUUGAGGAAAAUGACGAAGUAUUGGUUGCUGGUUUUGGUAGAAAGGGUCAUGCUGUAGGUGACAUUCCUGGAGUUCGUUUUAAGGUUGUCAAAGUUGCUAAUGUAUCCCUCUUAGCUCUGUAUAAAGAAAAGAAAGAAAGACCGAGAUCAUAAAUGAUGGAAGAGAAAAAAAUAAAAUCUCUUGUUUAAAACA